GAAGGAAGAUGGCGGAUCUGGAGGAGCAGUUGUCUGAUGAAGAGAAGGUACGUAUAGCAGCAAAAUUCAUCAUUCAUGCCCCUCCUGGAGAAUUUAAUGAGGUGUUUAAUGAUGUUCGGUUACUGCUUAAUAAUGACAAUCUUCUCAGGGAAGGAGCAGCCCAUGCUUUUGCACAGUAUAACUUGGACCAGUUUACUCCAGUGAAAAUUGAAGGUUAUGAAAAUCAGGUAUUGAUAACAGAACAUGGCGACUUGGGAAAUGGAAAAUUUUUGGAUCCAAAAAACAGAAUUUGUUUCAAAUUUGAUCACUUAAGAAAGGAAGCAACUGACCCAAGACCCUAUGAAGCAGAAAAUGCAAUUGAAUCCUGGAGAACUUCAGUAGAAACUGCUUUGCGAGCUUAUGUAAAAGAACAUUACCCAAACGGGGUCUGCACUGUGUAUGGUAAAAAAAUAGAUGGACAGCAAACCAUUAUUGCAUGCAUAGAAAGCCAUCAGUUCCAAGCAAAAAACUUUUGGAAUGGUCGUUGGAGGUCAGAGUGGAAGUUUACAAUCACUCCAUCAACCACUCAGGUGGUUGGCAUCUUGAAAAUUCAGGUUCAUUAUUAUGAAGAUGGUAAUGUUCAGCUAGUGAGUCAUAAAGAUAUACAAGAUUCUCUAACAGUGUCUAAUGAAGUGCAAACAGCAAGAGAAUUUAUAAAGAUUGUAGAAGCUGCAGAGAACGAAUACCAGACUGCCAUCAGUGAAAAUUAUCAGACGAUGUCGGACACUACUUUCAAAGCCUUAAGUCGACAGUUGCCAGUUACGCGCACUAAGAUUGAUUGGAACAAGAUCCUUAGCUACAAGAUUGGCAAAGAGAUGCAAAAUGCAUAAGAUGAACAUUGCAUGACCGGAUCAUUUUAGUGUCUUUGCGUUAAAGAAAUUAUUGCAAAAGUAUUCAGAACUGUCAGUCUGCCCAGUCAGAUGGGCUGAUGCCAUUUAAAAUCACUAUAAUUAACUAGUUUGGUUAGAGCACAAAGCUUAGCUAAUCAACCAUUAUUUUCCAUUUCUUUUGUUCAAAGAGGAUUACAAAUCAGUUUAGUUUAAAUGUCUUUUACUUUCUAUUAUGUCUUUCUUUCUUACAAUGAAGAGAAGAUUCCUCUAGAUUAUAGUUAAAAGUUUUUGAAGUGUCUCAAAAAUAUUUUACUUACUAUAACCCUAAAAUUAUUGUCUUUUGGUUUAUGAAAUGGGUAACUUUUGAUAUUUGCCCAGUUCUUUUUAAUGGGGUCAAUAAUGGACAUUAUAGUUUAAGGUGGUUGAUGGAUUUAGCCAUAUAUGCUGCUAAAGAAAUUGUCUACCUUUUCUCCCUCACCUCUUCCAUUUAUGUAAGACUGAGAUUAGAGGGAAAGCAUUUUCUAUAUCAAUUGUGUUUAAACCUUUCAAGGAGGUUUUUUAGCAAGCUUAGUGUUUAACUAAACUUUUUUUAAACAAGGCCAAGGUCUAACGCUGUUUUGAGAUUCUGAAAUUAAAUGAAAAUACUUAUUUCAGAAAUGCAUUUAAUGCUUUUUUUCUCUUGUGACAGUUACUCAAAUUAGCUUGAAUUCCAUAUGUCCCUGAGUUAUUUUUAUCAUAAAGCCACAAAUGUAUUAUAACAAGUCAAAUUGUAAUAUAUAUAAUCCUGAACUCA